UAAUAUUACCAGUGAUGACGAUGACUUUCUCUGAUUGUCAUGUUGGAUCAUGUUUAAUUUACUUUGAUGCCAGUGACAGACUGUGACAGACUGUGAUUCACGAAUUCACUUGUGACACUCACAAAUGUUGUUGUAAAAAUAAUGUGAUAAAACAAUCAACUGUGGACGAAAAAAAAAAAACAAAUGUUAUUGUUAAUUAAUAACAUAUGGAUGUUUAAAUAAAAAUUAUAUAUUUUUUGUUUAUUUAUUAAUUGACAUUGUAAGGAUGGAGGACAUCAGUGAUAAAUUUUUUUAUGUAUACAGUUCAUCACUUGACACUAGGAUUCAGAUUAAAAUAGGUACCUUGGAAGGAAAAAGACAAAAACCAGAAUAUGAUAAACUUUUGUUGGAUCCUAUGAUAAAAUAUUCUGGUCUUUAUGGAGCUGGUAAUGGACGUGGUGAUCUUGCUGCAUCACUGCAAAUAUGGGGUGGUGGUAGACCACUUGCAUUACCAGUUCAUACAGCCUACAAGCCUUUUUCCAACCGAUGGAACUGGAAUCAAUGGGUAACAUUUCCAAUAUCAUAUUCCGAUCUUCCACGUGAUGCUCAAUUAUGCAUAACAAUAUAUGAUUGUGCUGGUCCUGGCCGUCAAAUAGCUGUUGGUGGUACAACAAUAACAUUAUUUGGUAAACAUGGUGUAUUUCGUCAAGGUAUGCUUGAUUUACGUGUAUGGCCUGGUAUUGAAUCAGAUGGCAAUACACCAACAUCAACACCAGGUAAAGCACGUGAUACUGAUAAAGAACAAAUGCAACGUCUUGCAAAAUUAGCUAAAAAACGUCGUAAUGGACAAAUGUCACGUGUUGAUUGGCUUGAUCGUUUGACAUUUCGUGAAAUUGAAUUAAUAAAUGAACGUGAAAAACGUACAUCUGAUUAUCUUUAUUUAACUGUUGAAUUUCCUGAAGUAUCAAUGGAUGGUAUUUUAUAUUCAAUAGUAUAUUAUGAAGAUGGUGAUGAAGUUGUACAACAUAGAUCACAACCAGAUGUUGUAACAUUACCAGAUUAUGAAAUAUUACAAGAUAAUUUAGUUGAAGUUAAACAUCAUAAAUUAGCAAGAAGUUUAAGAUCUGGUGGUAAUACAAGAGAAGUUAAACCAACAUCAACUGUACGUGAUGCAUUAAAUACAAUAUUAGCAUAUCCACCAACAACAAGUUUAUCAACUGAAGAACAAGAUUUAAUAUGGAAAUUUAGAUUUUAUUUAUCGAAUCAAAAAAAAGCAUUAACAAAAUUUGUUAAAUGUGUUAAUUGGAAAGUUCCUGGUGAAGAAAGACAAGCAUUAGAAAUGCUUAGUUUAUGGGCACCACCAGAUCCAGAAGAUGCAUUAGAAUUAUUAGGACCAGCAUUUACACAUCCAAGUGUUAGAAAAUAUGCUAUUGGUAGAUUAAAUCAUGCACAUGAUGAUGAUUUAAUGCUUUAUUUAUUACAACUUGUACAAGCACUUAAAUAUGAAGAUUUUGAAUCAAUUAAAUUAGCUAAUCAAAAAUUAUUACGUGAUAAUAAUAAUGAAAAAAAUGAUAAAGAUUUUAAAAAUUUAGAUACAUCUUGUCAUGGUAUUUGUACAUCAAAUGAUUCAGAUCAAAUAAUACAAUCAACAACAACAACAACAAGUCAAGAUAAAACACCAAUAGAUUUAUCAUCAUUUUUAAUAACACGUGCAUCACAAAAUUCAACACUUGCUAAUUAUUUUUAUUGGUAUUUAUCAAUUGAAUGUGAAGAUCAACCAGAUCCAUCAAUUGCUGCAAAACAAGAUACACGUGUACGUGAAAUGUAUUUAACUGUUAUGAAAAUGUUUACAACAACAUUAUCACAAGGUAAUACUGUUUGGCAAAAAAGACGUGCAUUUUUAACACGACAAAAGUUAUUUAUUGAUCAACUUGUUGCACUUGUUAAAUCAGUUGCUAGAGAAAGUGGUAAUCGUAAAAGAAAAAUUGAUAGAUUAAAAGCAUUAUUAACUGAUCCUGAUCCAUCAUUUAAAAUUAAUUUUUCAAAUUUUGAACCAAUACCAUUUCCAUUAGAUCCAGAAAUUUCAAUUAAAGGAAUUAUACCGGAAAAAGCAAUUUUAUUUAAAUCUGCAUUGAUGCCAUCAAAAUUAACAUUUUUAACGACUGAAAAUACUGAAUAUAUUGCAAUAUUUAAGCAUGGUGAUGAUUUACGUCAAGAUCAACUUAUUCUUCAAACAAUUGCAUUGAUGGAUAAGCUAUUACGACGUGAAAAUUUAGAUUUAAAAUUAACACCAUACAGAGUUUUAGCAACAAGUACGAGACAUGGUUUUUUACAAUUUAUUGAAUCAACAACAGUGGCUGAGGUAUUAGCAAGUGAAGGAUCAAUAUUAAAUUUUUUUAGAAAACAUCAUCCAUCUGAAACUGGACCAUAUGGUGUUGCUUCUGAAGUUAUGGAUACAUAUGUUAGAAGUUGUGCUGGUUAUUGUAUAAUAACAUAUGUACUUGGUGUUGGUGAUCGUCAUUUAGAUAAUUUACUAUUAACAACAUCAGGUAAAUUAUUUCAUAUUGAUUUUGGUUAUAUUUUGGGUCGUGAUCCAAAACCAUUACCACCACCAAUGAAAUUAAGCAAAGAAAUGGUUGAAGCAAUGGGAGGUGUUGGUUCUGAACAUUAUCAUGAAUUUAGAAAACAAUGUUAUACAGCAUUUCUUCAUCUCCGUCGUCAUGCAAAUUUGAUGCUUAAUUUAUUUUCACUAAUGGUUGAUGCAAGUGUUCCUGAUAUUGCAUUAGAACCUGAUAAAGCUGUUAAAAAAGUACAAGAUAAAUUAAGACUAGAUUUAAGUGAUGAAGAAGCUGUUCAUUAUGUACAAAAUCAAUUGGAUUUAUCAGUUACUGCUGUUAUGGCUGCUUUAGUAGAACAAUUACACAAAUUUGCUCAGUACUGGCGAAAAUAAUUAUCAAUUAAAUUAUUCAAUACUUAAUUUUUUUUUCUUUAGUCUGACAUAUUUUAUAAUAUAAAUAUAUUUAUGUAUAUUUACUCAAAGACUGUGUUCCUUGUUGUUAAAUAAGAUAAUCACUUUUUUAAAUAACUCAAAAAUGUAAAUAAUAUUGUUAUAACAAAACUGUUGAUUAUUUUUUU